AUUUGCUGUCCCAAAACAAAUCCUUGUAUAAAAAAGCAUGCAGCGCGGUCGGAGAAGACGGAGCUCCGUGUGGGAAUGUUUUGAGCAAGUUGGUACUUCAAAUGUUGUGUCCUGCAAGAAAUGUUAUGCUCAGUUAAAAUACUGCGGAGCAUCCACCAGCACCAUGAUGGCCCACAUGACGAAGCACAUGUCCAACACCCCGCUGGAGGAAGAGGAGGACGAGAAGCCAUUGAUUUCUACUGUUCCCUGCACCGAGAAGGGACAUACGUCUAACUCAGAGGUAACACAGGCUGCAAACAUGUCCUCCAACACCGAGGCAACCACCCCGCCACCAGAGCGGGACCACGGGGAGAAAAAACGCUCGAGGCGGAGCUCCGUUUGGGACGUUUUCAUCAAAGUGGACGACGAGGUUCACUGCACCAUGUGCGACACCAAACUGAAAUACAAGAGCAGCACCACCAGCAUGAUGUACCACGUCAGAAGCAAACACUCCGAAAAAGACAACACAUCUAACGAGGGUGGGACACUGGUGACGCACACAGAAGUGACUGAACUCAUCUGCAGAAUGAUAGAAAAAGACAUGAUGCCUAUUGGCGUGGUUGACGGGGAGGGAUUUCGGGAGCUGUUAGCACAAAUCGUAAAUGGUUAUAAAAUGCCUUCUGCUGGUGAUGUCACGCGCUUCAUAGAAGGCCAUUUCCACGAGAAGACAGAGGAACUCCGGGUGCAACUGGGAAAAGUGGAGAAAGUCGCAAUCACUGCUGAUUUUUGGGCUGCCCUGCCAUUUCAGAGAUAUGUUACAGUGUCCUGUUCAUUCAUAACGGAGGACUGGAAGGGGAGGACAGCUGUGCUGCAAACACACAUGCUCUCAGAGGACCACAUCACUACAGAGAGCAUCACAGAAAAGCUUCUGAGCACCGUGCAGGCUUGGGGCAUCGCAGAGAAAGUUACUGCAUGUAUCCACAACGACAAAGAAAACAUCUUGUCAGGCAAAGCCUGUGCCCAUGUCACCUGGGACUUUGCAGCUUGCUUUGCCAUGACUCUGCAUCUUGCAGUCACAGAUGGGCUGAGUGAGGAUCUAAUCAGGAUCAUUGCCGCUGCAGGGAGACUAGCUCUGCAUUUCAUCCACAACACAAUGGCAAGGGAAGCUUUGGAGCAGAAGCAAGUGCAGAUGUGCCUACCACUGCACAAGCUCAUCAAUUCAGACCAAGCUAGAUGGGAGACCAUCUGUGACAUGUUCGAACGAUUGCUAGAGCAACGGUGGGCAAUUAAAGCAGUUCUCUCUGACCGAACCAUCACCAGCAAAAAAGAAGCUCAGGCCCUUGAGAUGGAAGAUGACAGCUGGCAAAUAAUUGAAAAUUUUACACCAGUGCUGGCAACGCUAAAAUGGGCAACAACGGUCGUAUCAGCCGAGACAGAGACGUCCAUUUCAAACAUCUACCCGAUAACCUUCAGUCUCAUUCAGACACAUCUUGUGCCAAAAGAGAACGACGUUGAACAAGUCCGGUGGUUCAAGAUGAAAGUUCAGGAGUCACUCAGAAAUCACAUGGAGAUCGACUCCAACGAACUAGCCUCCAAGCCAGCCCUGGUUGCGUCCAUACUGGAUCCUCGUCACAAACACCUCAGCUUCCUGACGCCUGCGGGCAAACUGGCCGCAAAGGUUAAACUGCAUGAACUGGUUUCAAAAUUAGACACAAUGACUACUACUGGCGUCCUAAAAGAUGAACAGCAGGAGACUCCAGUCACACCAGACAUUAGUCAGCAGGUUCUGGCCUCAAAUCUGAGAAGUGACACCAAAAACACCAUGAUGUUGCUUCUGGGAAACAACUACAGUUUCUCCUACGCCACGGACUCGGAAGCCCAGGUGGAUUAUUACCUGAGAGAUAUUGCUCCUUCCCUGGAGAUCAACCCUCUUGACUGGUGGAAGGUAAAUAAACAAAGAUUUCCCAAACUGGAAUCUCUGGCAAGGCAUUAUUUGUGUCUUCCUGGUGUUUCACUGCCGUCUUUAUUGUCAGAGGAUGGACAAACCUUUGCGGCAAUGCGCACAAGGCUAAACCCGGAGCACGUGGACAUGAUCAUCUUUGUAAACAGAAAUGCAUAACUUGCCUUUCGUGACGUUUCUGUAGCAAGAACAAAAAUUACCUGUAGAGGAGCAGCGAACAAAGAUCCAUGAAGUCAGGAUCCAGAUAAUGACAGUAUUAAAAAGUGGUACUCUCACUGUAAAUGUGUUUCCAGGAGUGGAUAAGCUCAUAUUUAUUUUAUAAAAAAUGUUCACGUUUGACUCCAUUAGCUUAAGAUGAAGCUAUGAAGUAUUUUAUGUCUUGCAUAGUGAGCCUAAAGGGGAGGUGGACUGAAAUGUUUUAAAUGCCUGUAUUAGAUGAGAUGCUGCUUUUAUACACCUUUAGAUUUUAAGUAGAGUUGCAUGGAUCCACUUUAUUAAUGAGAACCUCACUGUGUGGAUCUACUGUUACUAUUAGAACUAACUUGAUAAAGAACCUCAAUUUUUUUUAGAAGAGUAAAAGUUUUUUUUUCACAUGUUUUUAAACUUCUGUUAAAGGUCAUAAAAAUCUGACUAACACUGUCAGAUUGUCAGUAUUUGAAGUCAAAAUGCAAAAACAGACGAGAAAUGUCUGUUUUUAUCAGUAAUCACUUGUGAGGUCUGUUUUGUAGCUUGUAGUUGGACAUAAAGAAGAGAUAUAUCGUAUAAAAACUGAAAUCUAACACCUCCCAACAGGUUUAAACAUCAUUGUUAGCAAGGGAACAGUCUCUGUCUUAAUGUCUCUGUACACCUUUGAUGAAUUUGUUGCAUGAAUGUUUCUGUGAAUUUGAUGCCUUGUUUUAGUUUGUAGAAUCCAAAAUCUGUUAUUGCAUCUAGACACAGUGUACUUUAGCAGGCAGCACUAUCGUGGUUGUACGUGUCAACUAACUGCAAAUGGAUACUUUAAAAUGAAUUAUAUUCAGUAAAAUUACACAAUAGAAUCUGGAUUUAUACAUGAACUGAACCAAAGUGAAUCAUCCAUGUCUGGCUGUCACACCAGCACUUGAUAUGAGACUCCAGUUCUCACGUAAGAUAAAAAGUGAACAGAGACCAGUUAACUGUGUGGGGUACCAUAUUCUAUGUCUGUAUUCUGUGUCGACACGUACCAAAAUAAAAACUACCAGUACCGGUGUUAAA